AUUCAAGUAUCCAACCUAAUUGCACUCUAAGUUUGAGGGUGGGAGUUAGGGUUUUCCUUGCUUUCGUGUGCGGAUCGGAGGGAGCUCCCAAACCUGAGUGCAAGAACAGGGAGGAUAUGCGCGAGGGAGAGCAAUGGCGCAUGCACACAGCAGCCAGCUGUAGGCAUUCCCCUUGGACCGAUGUAGUGGACUAGAAUUUGCUGGUGCGGUGGCUUAACAAUGGUGGGCGUCUCUUUCCGGCUGCAGAAGCCGGCUUUCCGGAGGCUGGGAGUGGGGCCGAAGCGCAAUUACAGUAGUCCAAAGCCGUCACCCCCAUCAGAUGGAAAAAAGAGCGAGAUGCAGGAUGCUGUCAAGCAAGAGUCGGCUGGGAGUGGACUUGCAAGAGAACCGUCGGUUGCGGAACCAAGUCCUGCAAAAGUUCAAGAUGGAAACGUCUCGGACGAUGGCAGGUCGCAGUUGGAUGGAAAUCGGCCGCGUAGUAGCAGCCGAGAGAGCACGCAGCCGUUGGGGAACGGUGUCCUGAAGUCGCCCAAGGGCGAGAGACUGAGCGCCAAGAGGAAACGGAAUGACCAGAUUCUCAAGGGCCACAAGUCGCUGCGUAGCUUCUUGCGCGCUGCGCGCGCCGCACGUCCGUCAGGUGGCGCCUUUCUGCUGGACCACCUCCCCGAUCUACCCGUCUCUUUUGCGGUCAACCUCCUUUCCUCCGAGUUUUCCCUCGACACCCCCACCGAAAAAGACGGAAAAUAUCCAGCUUAUAAGACCGUGUCUAAGCUGCCCGCUUAUCCCAUCAACCGAGCAACCGAGGGGUUUCUAAAAGCGUUAGACCGGGGCUGCAUCCCAGCGGAGAUGAUCAGCGAGCUCCCGUGCACUUAUAUCGACGGCUGCCUUAUUGUGGAGCUUCGGGACUACCGGGACUGCAGGGUGGGACCGUCGCAGGGCAGCGCAGGCACCCCCAAAGGGAUCCCCCGCCCUCCUAUCGUCCAUAAGCUGUUGCUCCGGCCAGACACUGAGAGCAUAAUCAAAGAGACGUCCAGGCUUGGGAAGGAAGCGAAACUCUCCUACCAGGAGCAACUAGAGUUGGAGGCCAGGUCACUACGGGCGAUGCAACCAGACCUGUGCCUCGACCUGAAUCCCAGAACGCUGUCAGAAGCAGCUUCAAGCGCCUAUUCCCGGUGCAAAAUGGCGCUCCCCCGGCGGCCCAGCGUUCUCCGAUAUAAGGGCUCGAUCACGGCGCGGCGCGUGCAGGCGCUGAGGUCAGCGAGGGAGCGCCGGGCGUUGCUUGCAGAAGGAAAAGCGGCAAAGCGGGAGUCGCUUCCGCCGUUCCCGCCGGAACUGAUCGAGUUGACGGUAGAGGAUCUGAUGGGGUCGCGGCCGACCAAGCAAACAGAACGGAUGCCGUCGCCAGUGGCGGAGGACAAGCCAAUUGCGCUCAUACGGACGUCCAAGAAGAGCAUGCAGAAGGGGCAGCGCGCGCUUGCGGCAGCGGCCGCGGCGGUCGCCGCCCAAAACUCCAUCGCCGCCAAAGCGGACAAGUGGGCGAAAGAAGCCGAAGAAGCGCAAGCCGCAGAAGAAAGUCGGGUUCUGGUUAAGGCUUUGGAUUUGGUUAAGGAGGAGGAUGGGCGGCCGAUCGCGGCGGCGGGCCUGAGCGGCGGCAAGAGGAAAACGAUGGAGGAGAUCCGGGAGGAGCGGGCGAGAGCGAAGAAGCAGAAACAGGAGGAGAAGGAGCAGGCGAAGGAGAUGCGGGCCAAGGAGAAGGAGGAGCUUAAGGAGCGGAAAAACCAGGAGAAGCUUCAGAAGCAGAAGCAGAAGCAGACUUCGGCGUCCGCCGACAAGGAGAGGCGGGAGAAGGAAGCGCGGGACAAAGUGGAGGCGGCGGAACGAGCACGGGAGGCCGAAGAAGAGCGGCUGGAGGCUGAACGGAAGCAGAAGGAAGAAGAGGAGAGGGAGAGGGCGAUCAAGGCUGCAAAGGAGGAAGAGGAGCGGAAGAAACGGGAGCGGCUUGCCAAGGAGGCGCUGGCCAAAAUCAGAGAGGUGCCCAAGACGGCGAAGCAGCUCAAAGAGGAGGCUAAGGAGCGCGAGAAGGAGGCGAAACGCAAGAAACGGCUGGAGGACAAGGCCGCAAAGGAAGCGGAGCGGAAGCGCCUCAUCGAAGAGAAGAGGGCCAAGGACGCAGCCGCGAUCGCGGCAAGGACAGUCAUCAAGACGCCCAGCUUUUCGGGACAGGUGAAGGGGGAGCCGUCGGAGGAUACAAGACUGGGAGUGCGCCCCGGGGCGCCGCCCGUGCCAGGACUCUUGGACGGACACGCGUCGGAAGAUGACAGGAAGCUGAAAGUGGACACGAGGGCCGUUCUGCUACAGCUGAUACGAAAGCACGACUUGCAACCGAAGCCUCCCAAGUCCGACCCCGUCGUCCGCCCCACCGGCGCCGUUCCGUCGAUGCGCGAGAUCCAGGUGGCGCUCUCGCAGAUGGACGCGUCGAAAGACGUGGCGGAUCCGACCAUGUCGCGCAGCAUGGCCACGUCGCUCGUGGGAGGGAGUGUGAACGCGCGCAAAAACCGGGUGAUCCACUUCGUCAAGGCGGAGGCACGGCCGGCGCCUGGCACUAAAGGCCCCCCGACAAUGGUGGUCUACCGCCACCUGCGGCUGUUCCUGUUUGGGCGCCCCCAGGACACCAUGAUCCAACCAGUGCUGCAAGUCACUGGGGACGAAGGCGACGAAGACCCGCAAGUGCCUGGAAGCGGGAGUCGGAAGGUCGUCUUACCGCUGCUCCCAUCGCAGGAGGCGGCGGAUGCGUUUGCAGCGGAGCUGACGCGGCUGCUGAAACACGAGGGCCACCAGCUCUACUCUGACGACAUCGUCUCCGCGGGUCACCGGCAGCAGAUGGGUCCUCCCAUGGGCAUGAACGGCCAGAGCCGUGGACUGCCCAUGUCGGCGGCUGGGGCGCUUGUCGGGGCCGCUAGCGGAUUGGGCCCAAUGGCAAUGCCAGGGGGUAUGCGCCUGCCCAGCCCCGGCCUCCCAAUGGCCCUCCCCUCCCCCACGGGCCUCCCCCCCUCGCGCAUCUUCCCCACCCCCGCCUCGCGCAAUCACCUGCUGACACGUGGGCCCCCCGACCCGUCUGGCGCCCAAAUCGGGACCCCUGUUCCGGGCUCCCCGCAGCUGGCCCCGCUUUCGCACAUGAGCGCAAGCCAGAUGGCGCAGCGCGUGAUAUCGAGCACGCACCACGGGGCCCACGUGGGGGCACAACUCGUCCCGGGCCACCCCGCGCCGAUGGCGCACCAGCACCCGCAGCAGGUGUUGCAGCAACAGCUGCAGCAACAGCAGAUGCAGCACCGGCAGGCGCAACAACAGCUGGCGGCGCAGGCGGGCGUCCAGCAGCGGCACCAGAUGCAGCAACGUCAGCAGCAACAGCUGCAGCAAAUGCAGCAAGUGCAGCAGCAACAACAGCAGCAACAGCAGGCUCAGCACCAACAGCAACAACAGCAGCAGAUGCAGAACCAGUUGAAACAGCGCCAGAUCUUACACCAACAACAGCAAGCCCAAGCGCAACAGAUCCAGCGCACCAACCUGCAAGCCGCGCAAGCCCAACAACAACAGCAACGCCAGCAAGUCCCCGGCACGCCCCAAACUCCUCAGGGGGGGGCAAAUAUGCAGCCCGCCGGGAGGGGGGGACGAGGCGCACCGACGCUGAAACAGGCGCAGAUGCUGCAGCAACAGCAGCAGCAGGCAAAGCAGAAGCAGAUGGCCGCGGCGCUGGCGCGGAGCCAGUCGGGGGGGUCGCAGGGGCAAAGCCUCCCCCCGCCGCAGGUGCUCAUGGGUCAGGGCGGCGAACUGCCGGUCGGGACGCACCAAAUGCGACUUGCGGCGCAACAACAACUGGUGCAACAACAGCGGAUCCAACAGCAGCUUCGGGCGCAACACAUGCAACAACAGCAACAACAACAGGGGGGAAAGCCGCCACAAAGCCUCCCGGCGGGGGGUAGUUCCGGCCAGCUUCCGACCCCCCCCUCGCAGGGGGGCCAAGCGAAGCCCCCCACGAAGCAGCAACAAGCCCAGCUGAAACGACAGCUGUCACAGCAGCAGGGGGGCAGCCAGUCGGAACAGAGCCAGCAGCAGCAGAUGUUCCAAAGACAGCUGUCGCAGAACGAGGUCCAGUCGGCGAACCAGAUCGCGCAGUUGCAGCAGCGGCAGGGGGCCCCGCCGGGGGGGGGUCCUCAGCCGGGGCAAAUGGCCCCCCAGUUGCAGCGCAUUCCGGCGCAGCAGGGUCAGCCGGGAGCGCCGCAGAUGCAGCGGUCGGUGUCGGGAAGACAGGGGGCCGGGCCGGGGCAAGGGAUGGAGGGCGCCAUGCAAGGGGGACAGGCGCCGCCGCAAGUGCGGCAGCUACAACAGGGCCAAAUGGGCUCUCCCAUUGCGCCACCGAGCGGCUCGAGCCCGACGAUCCAGCGGGCCGCCAACCCCCAAGUCCAACAUCUAGCCGCGGGGGCGCGUCAAAUGGCCCCCCAACAGCCGCACAUGCAACAGCGGCCGCAACUCGGACAGCAACCCCCCCCUCAAGUUCAAAUUCCCCCGGUCCAACCGCCUUCCGAGGUUGGUAACGCCGCGCAAGCGUUACCGUCUCCGAAGGUCAAUCUACAGCAGCAGCAGCAGUUGCGGCAGUACAUGCAGACCCUGCCCCCCGAGAAGCGGCAGGAGGUGUGGCAGCAGAUCCAGGCGCGCAACGCGGCCGCUCGGGGGGCGGGCCCGCAAGUUGCGGCGGGAAGAGCGGGGCGGGGCACCCCCGCGGGGCGUAGCCGAGGUAUGCAGAUGCCGCAAAACGCGCCGAUGCAGAGCUCCGCGCAGCUCGCCGCGGCCGCGGCGAUUGCGCAGGUCGCCCAAACGCAGCUCGCGGGCGUGAACCCGCACGCCGGUCCCCAAGUAGGCACACCGCGGCGGCCUCCAAUGCAGUUGGUUCCGGACGAGAGCGCGGCGAAUCCGUUGGGCGCUAACCCGAUGCCGGAAGGACUGGUGAGCCCGGCGGCGGCGCUACAGAGCCCCGCGAGUUACCCGUACAAUCUUCAACAAGCGCAGAUGAUGUUGCAAGGCUCGGGGGGCGUAUCACCGGUCGGUGCGCUCGGGGUGGCGGGAGUCGCUCCGCCGUUGGGCAUCGGCCAAGCGCCGCCGAGUGCGGGUGUAGAUCCGGGUGGUCGGAGUUCGAUGCAACCGGGGCAAGCUCCGCAACCUCAAGACAAGAAGUAGUUGAGCGGACUGCAUUGAGCUAGUCGAAGGGCAGGUAGUGAACCGGAUGCUCUACAAGCUGGCGAAUACCGAACGUUGCCUCUAGCCAGUACAUACAAUACAUCUUGCAAAAGUGUUGGAAAAUGGAUGUUUGGUUCUCAUGAUUCUCCAUGCCAGUAUUCACC